AUUCUCGUGUCUUCAUUUUUCAGAGUUAAGGAAUGAUGAUGACUUCCACGUGGAUAGUAUUAGUCUCAAAGCGGAUUGAUCACUGAAACCAGCAACAAUGAAGAGGUCAAGUUUUGAGGAGGCAUGUUUCUGAGAGCAGUCUUUGUAGAAACAUUGUACGGAAGGAAAAUGGGUUAAGCUUGACGGAAACGUCUGGAGCUAACCAUGAUGACAGCCGGCCGAAAGAGGAAAACUCAGAACACAAAGCUGUCUGUAGACUUUAGUUGAUAAUGGAGAUGUAUUCGGGCAACUCCUCUUCUGAGGCUAGAAAUCGUUCGUCCUACACUUUGUUCCGUUGACCUUUCAUGUUACGACACGAGGGUUACGUCGCUUCGCUCGCUUCAUUGAUAUCGCAAUUCGAAUUUCGGUCAUGGUAGAUGUAGACAGGCCUGCAAUGGAGGUGACAUCUAUACAUACGAGUAGUGGUAGGAGGAGCUCCGAGCUACGACACUUACGAUAUGAAUUAAAACGGCUCAAGACGUAUUUGGCCGUCCUAGAAUAUGACCUUGGACUACCAGAGCAAAAGACGGAGGACUGGGCUGGGGAAGGAUGGAUUUCUAAACGUGGACAGAAAAGGAGGGAGAGGGCAGAACGGCGAAGACAGCGUGGUCGUGUAGCGCAAAAUGCUCGCGAACGCAUGUGGAGGAGACAGUUGGGGUUACAUGUACCGCCUUCGCCUUCGCUGACCGACGUUCAAAAAGAUAUCAACAGCAAGAUCGACAGGAAAAUAGCGUCGUAUCGAAACCGCAUCAAGCGAACCUCAGUCCAGCUACUCGUCGCCGCUACUGCCGGCCAUCAGUACCGCAAGACAAACUUAGUAACCGGGCAAGGCCACGCCGAUGUCCAUCGCACGCCGAGUUCUUCUAAGGAGAUAGUCGCCAGGAUGGUUGGGGACUUGAUUAACAAGAAAUCCCGGGGGGAACGCCCAGCUAUAGGUUAUGUUCAUAACGACAGCGACGGUUAUAACGACAGCGACGAAAGCGACGUUAGUGACGGUAAUGAUAGCUACCUAGACGACAGUGAUACCAACAUGACCGAGUUAAGUAGUAGUAGCGAAUCCGAAUUCCCAACAUCCAAGUUUGCAGCGGCCUUGAUGGCCCGAGUCGCAGCCACACCAGGACCUGGAGACUGGGCGGACAAGCUCGCGCAACCGGUCAUCGCCAAAUACGCGAAAAAGGGGCCUCCGAAAAACGAUACAGAGUUGCAUUUGCCGCCGCACGUGGAAGAGGAGAAGGACCCAAGACCACAAGACAAACCCGCCACUCCAAAGCCAGAGUACUACGAUCCUAAACAGUGGAAGGAUGUUGGCAUUUCGAAUGAGAGCAAAGCAGACAGUACACCCGUUCGUACCGACAAGCCUGCCGAAGAGAUAGGGAUCAUGACCUGGGAGCAACAAGAGAAAGCCUUCCCGACGUUGAAGUCGAUUUUGGAGAUGGGGGAAGAAUACGGCCGAUGGGAUCCGGGAUACUUGGACACAGAUAAACCAGACCCAACCCCGUGGGAUCCAGAUAAAAGGGAGCAAAACGAGUCCAGGCCCGGUGCAGAGCGACUCCCCUUAGAGGCAAACAUCACCACCAAGAUCUCACUUGAAAGAAUACGAGCUGGCUUUGAGAGGGCAGAGAUGAAUAUUGAGUAUACUCAAUACUCUCGGGUCCCGGCUAUUUUGCCAGCGAGGUUGAGCGACCAAAAUAUGAUGCGCGGUCCUCUACCAACGCCGCCGAGAUUACCGUUGAAAGGGCCGUCCGGCCGGGUGAUAACGCUUCAGCCAACGCCAAAGGCUUUUACGCCCGUACAGCCCGUCCACACGAACCCGUAUUUGAAACAACCACUACCGGAUCCCGCAGAUCCGGCAAACGUUCCCGUUGCUCAGUACCGCUACCCUGUCGACUCACCCGUCACUUCAACCUUCCAGUCCAACGAUGGCAAUAACAAUAACAAUAACAAUAACUAUAAUCCCUCGGGCGUGAGGAAACAGGCCCCGGAUAAUAGGCCCAUCACGGUAAUAUAUCAGAACGCGUCGGUGGUGAGACCUAAGGCACAGGUUCGAAAUGCGAAGAGAGAUAGGGAGGUUCGUCUCGUGGAACAGCCCAAGGAGAUACCGGUUCAGCAACAAGUAUUGGAGCCACACCAGUCAUCAGAACAACAACAACAACAACAACAACAACAGCAGCAGCAGCAGCAGCAGCAGCAGCAGCAACAGCCACAAGAACAACCACCACCACAGCAACAGCAAUUCUUGCCGAUAUCAGAGCCCGCACCACGUCCACCACCAUCCCAAUCUUCCGCGCUGCCCCCUCUCCCUUCCCUCUUCCCUCCCACCCCCACCGAAACCGACCCAGCCCCCCCGCCACCACGCAGCAGCAACCCCAUCACCGCCAACGACCCAUGGUGGCACUACACCAGCAGCGACGUCGACACGGCCCUCUACCACCCAGGCCCGAACCUGCAGCCGCUCCAACUACCCCCUCCAGCCGACACCAGCGACACCGACGACACCGAGCAGCAGCUCCAAGCCCAGGUCCUCUCCGAGAGCAACAGAGCGGCUUCGGGGCCAGCGGGCCAACACCAACAACAGCUGGCUAGGCCGCUGCGGUCGGCGCUGCCGCUGAAGAGCGCCGCGGCGGGCGUUGCGAAGAGUGGGGGCGGACGCGGGCGCAAGAAGGGGCAUCAUGUGCGGUUUGGGGGGACGCAGACUUUGACUUUUAGGAGGGGCGGAAGGUGAGAAGGGGAUUGGGGGGA